AUGGGAGCUCAAGCCGGGCGACUGCCGGUUUUGUGGCCGGACUCUGCCGCCUCAGCGGGCUCAGGCAUUGGAAAAGUAAAGCAGCUGCUCUGGGGGACCCAAACCGCCACCGUGUUAUGGGCGUGCGCAACUGCCUCGACGGCAAUAAUAUGUCAGGACAACGCGAUAACCCCCUUGAACUCGGGGAACAGCCCGAGCAACCACCUUUGGAGGCCCCAGGGGCAGCUGCCCCCGGUGCUGGGCCUGGCCCAGCCGAAGAGAUGGAGACCCCACCGCCUCACAGCGAGCCCAUCCCCAUCGAGACUGAAGGCGAAGCCUGUGGACCCCCAGAGGUCUCCAGACCCAACUUCCAGGACCUCAGCCAGGCCUUCAAGGAAGCCGGGGCCCAUGGAGGGUACAGCCCACCUCCCGAGGAAGCCAUGCCCUUCGAGGUCGAACAGGCCAGCUUGGGAAGCUUCUGGCCUACCCUGGAGCAUCCUGGAGACACCACUGGGACCAGUGCAGGCCUUGAGGCCUUCAGCCCACCGGUCAUGGAGCCCGGAGCCUCCCAUGAGGCCGUUCCAAGCCUGGGAAGCUACAGCCCUCCACCAGAAGAAGCCAUGCCUUUUGAGUUUGAGCAGCCUGACCAGGGAGACAACCAACCUCCCUUGCAGGUCUCAGACCUUGCUCCAGGAGGCCCAGGUUCGGUGGUCUUCAGGGCUCCUCCCGAGGAGCCCCGAGCCAUCAGACCUGCAAACGCAGGCAUCAGAGGAGGAUGCAGCCCUCCCCACAAGGAGGAUCUGCCAUUCGAGUUUGAUGGAGCAGCCUUGGGGGACGACAGCCCACCCCCUGGGCUCCCCCGAGCUAUCCCACAGAUCGACGGCGGAGGGGGCAGCCAGAUCACGACAGUCGCGGUCUCGAGUGCGAUCCUCCUCGCUCCCGCCGCGAACGAGCCCCCCCUCUGGGUCCCCGGCAUCAUCGGCAGCCCAUCUCGAGAGGCUCUCAGACCUCCUCCACACUUCGCGGGAGACAGCCCCCCGAUGGAGGUCUCCAGACCCCCGCGCGAGGUUGGCAGCGCCCCCGUUGGGGUCGAUGACGCUCCCGGCGACAUGGACAGCCCCCCAGUCGCGCCUGACGUUCUGCGCAUCGAGGUCUCCGGAGCUCCCGUUGAGAGAGAGCAAGCAGAAGGAGAGAGACCCCCAGCUGAGGGAGAAGCAGCCGAGAUGGAGGGAGGCUCAGCCACCACUGCCGCGGAGGGAGGCAAGGUCCCCGAUCCCGGGGACGGAGCCCCUGCCGCUGCCACCGAGGCAGCACUGGCCGCUCCAGCCGCCGAGGCAGCCUCGGCUGCUCCAGACCCCCCAGCCGCUGGAGCAGCCCCUGCCGCUCCUGCCGCCCCAGCCGCUCCUGCCGCCCCAGCCGCUUCUGUCGCUGGGGCAGCCCCGGCCGCUCUUGUCGCCAGGGGAGCCCCUGUUGGCCGAGCGGCUCCUGUCCCCCGGGCAGCCACUGUCCCCCGGGCAGCCACUGUCCCCCGGGCAGCCUCCGUCCCCCGGGCCACUCCUAUCACCUGGGCAAACCCCGCCUCGGGAGCCCGACCCGAGAUCAGUUUCCUUAGACCCCCAAGCCCAGAGAUCCAGGCUGCCGAUCCGCCUGUUCCGCAGCCUCCGCGCGCAUCUGCCUGGCGGGGCAGGUCAGAGCCCAGCUGCUGUUACCUCUACAACGACCAGAUAUCGGUCAGCAGCGACAGCGGAGACGAAUCCGACGAUGGGACCUUCGGAUGCCGCCGCUGGUUUUCGUCCAAGCGAAACCGUCGCCGCCGAAAGCCCCGGCGCAACUUGCUCCACAACUUCCUCGUCCGGGUCUUCCGAGGCUGCGUCUUCGGAUCCGAGAGCCCCCAGUUCAGAGGCUCCUUCAGCCCCAAGGUCAAGAAGGUUGCCUUGGCGGAGAAGCGCAGACAAGACCGCAAGGAAAACGCGGGGAAGCGUGGCCAGAAGUGGUCCGAGAAGAGACAGAGCCAGCUCACCAACAAGCAACUCCAGAACAAGAAGAUGGACAACUCGCAUACGCACCGCAUGCUGUUUCUAGCUGGACAAACCAGUGCCAGCGAUCGUAAGACCACGUCGCCGAGUCGUGGGGUGGGGGACGGCAAGAAAGGCG